AUGCCCGUCUCCCACAUCGGCCUCACGGUAUCGCAUCUUCCAACUUCGACAUCGUUCUUUCUUUCAGCGCUCCAGCCACUGGGCUACCGCUACAUCGGCCAAUAUGGCAACCAAAUCGGCCUUGGAAUAAAUGAUUCCGAUUUCUUUCUCUGCCAAGAAACGCCUGGCGUAAAAGCCGGCGCUGCACACAUUGCAUUCACCGCACCUAGCACGACCGCAGUCCGGAAUUUCUAUACCGCUGCAUUGACCGCCGGUGGUCGUCCUAACGGGGCCCCGGGUGCUCGUUGCGCAGAGGAUGGCCACUUCAACGCCGCAGUAAUCGACUUUGACGGCAACAGCAUCGAGGUUGUCUAUCGAAAUGGACCUGAUAUGAGACAUGACGGAACCAUCAUCACGCACAGCAGAGUCAUUACAUGGCAGAGGACCGUUUCGCAGAGCUUCCGUGAGAGCCCGAGUAUCUUCAGCGCUCACACGUGUGCUUCGAGAACUGGCGCAAUUCCAGUCGCACCGACAGCCGAAUCAGCUGCUCCGAAGGCACCAAGCCCUGUACCCAGAAGCGCCUCUGCGCCCACAGUCGCUCCUGUUCCCGAAGCGACGACAAAAUCAGAUGCCGGCAGUGGGGCGGCCACGCACAUUCUCGGAACAUUACUUGGAGCUGCUGCAGGUGCAGCCGUCACAUAUGCAUUCAUGCGGAGCGAGCGAGAUAGUGCGAAGAAAGAGGCGGACUUCAGCGCCUUCAUGGACGCCAAAAACGCGGUCAACACUGCGGCUGGCUUCUUCGCUCAGGCCUCAUCCCAACCCCCGACACCCCAGCAAGCCCCACAACCCGCGCAGCCACCUGUCCAGGCCAUUGCACCGCCUACACCUGAGCCAGUACACCGCAUUGAAGACGACGCGCGAUCUUCCUAUUCGCGAGCUUCUCAGAUCCCUAGGAAUUCUGUGCCGCGACAGAUCGAGGCUGCGCCGGCCGACUACUACUCACCGUCUCAAUUCGAGCGUCCUCGCUCAAGGGCUGCGGAGCCUCUCGCCAUCGAAUAUGCCCCUGCAUACUCUGUUGCCCCGUCGCAGACUCCAUCGAGGCUCACACCUGCUCACCGCUCAAAUACUAGCCCUGAGUUGUUGAUGAUCGAGAGGGCUAGGAGCACCGUCUCGACAGCCAAGCCCGAAAGUGUCGUAAUGACUGCAAAGCCAUCGCGACCAUCGUCCAAGCCUCAAAGUGUCGUCUCAAAGGCGCAAAGUGUAGCUCACAGUGCUGCGCCUAGCUCCUUCAUCUCAUCGUUCGUAGCAGACCGCGAAGAUGAGAAGAGUAGUUCGGGUAGGUCCAAGGCCAGGUCCUCUCAUACCUCAUCUUCAAAACAUUCCUCGCACAAGGAACACGGUAGCAGUGGUAGCAGCCGAAAGGAGCGUGGCUCAUCGCCUUCUCCACCAGCCCCUGCAUCCAAGGCUCCGUCUGCAGCCCCCACUAAGGCUGCAUCCAAGGCGGCGUCGAUCGUCAGUAGCAUCUUUAGCCGCGACAAAAAGAAGCACGACGAUGAUGACGACUUCAUCGAUGACCUCGACAUUGAAGAGCUGAGUGAGGAUGAUCUUGACACUGUUGUUCCCAGCGACAGCAUCUCCCAGAUCGGCGACGCACCACGACGCAAACACCGUUCCCACCGGAGCGACAAGUCUAAGAAGGAUGAUGACGCUGAAACCUCCGUGAGUCACCGCAGGAAGAAGCACAGCGACGAGAAAGAGUCUUCCCGUAGCAAGAAGCAUGAGGAUGAGAAAGAGUCUUCCCGCAGUAAGAAGCACGAUGAUGACAACGAGUCUAUCAUGAGCAAGUCAUCAAAACGCUCUCACCGUUCGCACCGUUCGCGCAAGACAUCUGCCGACUCCGCUGACGACGAGGACUCCUCGCGCCCUCACCGUUCCUCGCGCUCUUCUAAGUCCAAGCCUUCCAUCAUCUCGGAGCCAAGUGAGGUAUCUACUGUCCGCCCCGUUAAGCCCUCCAAGUCAUCAAGAAAGGAUAGCCUGACCCAAGGCCAGUACGACAAUCUCUUCGACGAAGUCCAGUAUGGUACUGGCGCUGUACACGCCUCCAGAGGCGGCCCCACACCCAGCAUGGUCAGUGCCGCACGCAAGAACCCCAUUCGCAGCAUGAUCAACCACAACCAUGCCACCAAGAUGAGGAACUUUGAGGGUAGCCAGGCUGGGCGCGCAAGGGACAGUGAUGACUAG